AGGCCACAGAGGGCGUUUUUUAUUUAUCUCGUGAACUUGAAGCUCUACAUUUCUGUCGCCGUGCCACCGGGAACUUGAGUUGAAUUUUGCCGUACGGCGUAGGCCAACAUUUCUUAAAUUAGAAUGGACCAAGGUUUAUCAAAAAAGGACAGCGUGAAUCUAACAGGGUUGCUCUGGGAUGAAGCGACAGCCAACAAGUCAUUUGAAUCUCUUGCCCAGGCUUUUCAUGGAAGCUUCAAUAAACAAGAACAUUUCAAAGUCGGAUCAUCACUGGUCCUUCUCUUGAGCAGUCCUGACCUCUUACCGACCCCACCCCAGCGGCUAGCAGCCUUAUUCUUGUUAUGGGAGAUGUAUCGUGCAGAGCCGAUCGGCAACAACCCCUUCGCCCCUCUUUUCUCUCUUGUAUUGACAAGAACUGAGGAGGACAAGAUCAGUGGUCCCACCCUUGUCGGUCCGAUCGGCAAGUCAGAAAGAUAUUUUCUUUCUCAACUCAUCUCAACCUCUAAUCCACCUCGAGAGCUUUUCAAGAAAUCUCCACGUCAGAUCGUUGCGAUGGACCCCGGUCCGAAUGCUCCUCACAUCGACAUCACCGGUCUCCAGCUCGCCCUGGCUGAAAGGCAAUCAGAACUACCCAGUCUGACCAAGGCUGGUUUGUCAUGCAUUAUGAAUGAUCCGGACCCAGAUGCCAGCUCGACCUUUGACCCCCAAAUAGCUCAGCCCGUUGUGGAAGCCCUGAUAUGCGGUUCCAAGCCUCCAAUGCAAACUACCUUUACCCCCGAGUUCAUACGCCUUCCGCCCCCUCUUCACAUAUGUGAGGAUGAGUUAUUAUGGAUGAAUCCUUCUGAUGGCAACCAUACCAUCGCAUGGGACACCACAAUGUGUAUGACGAACAGUGCUGGGCAGGAGGUUAAGAGACUCAUGGGUAAAGCCUUUAAAGAAACACUCAUGCUCCAGCAACAGCAGCAGCUGCUCAGCGAGCUAGAAAAAGAUCCUAAGCUGGUUUAUCACAUAGGAUUAACACCUACAAAGCUACCAGGGCUCGUAGAGAGUAAUCCCCUUGUUGCCAUAGAGAUCUUGCUACGUUUAAUUCAGUCCAAUCAGAUCACAGAAUACUUUGCGGUCCUUGUCAACAUGGAGAUGUCUCUUCACUCGAUGGAGGUUGUCAACAGACUAACAACGGCAGUAGACUUGCCCCAGGAGUUUGUUCAUCUGUACAUUUCCAACUGUAUAUCAACAUGUGAGACGAUAAAGGACAAAUCAAUGCAGAACAGGCUUGUGAGACUGGUUUGUGUUUUUCUUCAGUCGCUUAUACGCAACAAGAUCAUCAAUGUCAAAGAUCUCUUCAUUGAGAUGCAGGCUUUCUGUAUUGAGUUCAGCCAUAUCAGGGAGGCAGCCGGUCUGUUCAGGUUACUUAAAACGUUAGACAGCGAACAGCAAAAGCAACAGCCCUCAUCAACAUCCCCACUUACAACGCAACAACAGAGUCAAGGAAACAAGAAAUGAUCGCCUGUGUGUGUUCACGCUACUUAAAACGUUAGACAGAGAACAACAAAAGCAACGGCCCUCGUCAACAUCACCGCUUACAACGCAACAACAGAGUCAAGGAAACAAGAAGUGAUCCCCUGUGUGUGUUCAUGCAACUUAAAACUUUAGACAGCGAACAACAAAAGCAACAGCCCUCGUCAACAUCACCGCUUACAACACAACAACAGAGUCAAGGAAACAAGAAAUGAUCGCCUGUGUGUGUUCAUGCAACUUAAAACGUUAGACAGGGAACAACAAAUGCAACAACCCUCUUCAACAUCACCACUUACAACCCAACAACAGAGUCAAGGAAACAAGAAAUGAUCGCCUGUGUGUGUUCAUGCUACUUAAAACGUUAGCAAACAACAAAAGCAACAGCCCUCGUCAACAUCACCGCUUACAACGCAACAACGGUCAAGCAGACAAGAAAUGAUCACCUGUGUAGUAUGAAAUUGUGUUUUUUUUUCUGAGAUUAUUGAACCUUGAAGAUAAUUACUCUUCUAAAAGCAUACACACUGUCUUAUCAUAGAUUGAUAUAUUUACUAAUUGACACAUUGUAAUCAGAGGGUCGUGUGUUCAAAUCCCAUUGUGGCCUAUAGCAUCCUUUGGCAAGGCAUCAAUCAACAAUUUGCCACUCUCCAUCCAGGUUUUAAUUGGGAACCUGGAAGGAUGCCUAGCAAUUGAGUUUGAAAACUCUUGUUGGAAUGCUCCUCAGGGAGUGGAGAAAGUACAUUCAUUGUGUUUAGGGCAAGCCAGGAUCUGAUGGGGGUUAAAAUAUACCUUUGAAGCGCUUUGAGAUGUCAUUAUGAGUGCUACAUAAGGGCCUAAUAUGAAAGGAGAGAGAAGAAAAAGGAGAAAUGGAGUAUUUAUCAGGAACUUUUAUUAAUUUGUCAUCUUUGUUAUUGGAAGACAUUCCUGCCAACUGUCCCCAAUUUUGAUGAAAGAUGGUCACUUAAAUCACUUUGACCCUAAUCUAAUUAAAAAAUUAUCUGUACUAAUGCAUCCCACUAAAUAGGAAACCUUUCUUUAGAGUUAGAUAUCACAAUUAUUCCAUACGUUUCAAUCAUGAAUAUAAAAUUAACAGUGCGAAUAGAAUCUCUUCUUUGAUUUGAGACCAAAUACCCAGUGCAUUGCUCACUCUUGUAGUAGCUAUAAAUACUGAAGCAUGUCCAAAAUGACUUGUGAAUCUACAUCCCCUCUCCUUUACGGAUUAGUGAAAGAAACUUAACAAAAAAAACAAAAGAUAAUGAGCCAUACCUUUCUGAUGCCCAGGUGACACUUGCACGCACUGUGGUUCCCGCAUAGUUUGCGCAUGGGCAGGCACUCAUGCGGGCCAAUGCGCGAACUAUGCGUGCCAGCUUGUGGACAGGUGCGUGGCAGUGCAUGCCAUUCCGUGAAAUGCGUGCCAAAAUUUUCAACAUGUUGAAAAUUUUGGCACGCAUUACAAAUUUUCGAACUGUUCGUGAACUAUGCGCAACCUAGUCGUGCCACUGUGUGCCACAGCGUGACAUAGAAAUAGAAGGAAUACCCCCUGGGGUAGUGGCACGCAGUUCACUAGUUCACGACAGGGUCACGCAUACUUUGCAAAAAUAGUCUAAGCAUACUUCACGCAUAGUUCGCGAAUGAUAUGCGCAAAUUGUGUGUGCAGACCACGUGAUCAGAGUAAGUUGUCCUAAUCACCGAACGUAGAGGAUGUCAACACCAGAACUUUGGAAUAUUUAAAUUUGUGCUAGAUACGUCACAGAAUAGGGUGUUGAGAAUAUUUGCUGAAGGCACCUUGGGACAGUGCGUGAACUAUGCGCGAGAUAUGCGCAAACAUGUCGUGAACGUGUCGGGACAUUGCGUGAACUGAUAUAGCCAAGUCGUGCCAUAAAGUGUCCCGCACUAGCACGCAUCAAUGCGGGGCAAUGCCGGCACCACAAUGCGUGCAUUAUGCAAGGUGGUUACAUCCUUACAAAUGAAAAUAACACAUAGAAUUGUAAAGCACAUUUUGCAUUUCAACUAGGUGCUUAAGGUGCUUCAGAGCAAAUGAUACAGAAAGGGAGAAAAAAAAAUUCAUAGCAAGUUUGAACUAUACAAGGAUAGCCUUCGAUACAAAGAUGGUUGUCUGUCAAACAGCGCCAUUAUACAGGUACGUCUUCAAGUUGCCCUUGAAGGUGGUUGCUGAAGUCUCUGUUUUCAAACCCUAUGGAAGAGAAUUCCCCAGGGUCGGCCCCGCAUGAGCAAUGGUCCGUUCAUACUAAUGAUUUCUUUGAUACAGGAAGUUUUGUGAGUGUUUUUUAAUCAAAGAUUCGUUUUAAAUGGGGGAAGUCUUGAGCUUUAUGUCUGCGGAACUUUGUUUUGAAAUUGUGUUUUCAAACUCAUCUUGCUCAUCUACGCCUUAACUAUUCAUGUCAUAUUUGGUAUGAAAAUAAAGGGGGAAAAAGGCUCAAUUUUAUGUUGAUUUAAAGGAAUUACUAUAAUUAUUUAGGAAUUCAAAUUCUCUCUGUGUGAGUGCACUGUUCAGGAGACUUUACAAUGUCCCUAUCUUCUGUAUCUUGUUUUCCCAAUUGCCAAACUUUGUUGGGUUCAGGGUUCAAGCUUCUGGAGGAGAGUGAUUAUGAGAGAUCUGUAAAUAUAUGUGUACAUGUAUAUAUUAUUUGUAAAUAAAUGGCUUUGAAAAAGCUAUGCUUAAUGGUUUGAUAAGCAUGUGUUGUAGUAUUUAUCAGUACAAGUUAAGAGCUACAAGAAAAUUUAAUUCAAUGGGAAAAUAAGGAGAAAUGUUGGGCAAGAGAAGGAAUCAGACAAAGAAUAAGUAAAUCAAAACUUACACCUAAUUGUUUACUCGUAAACAAUUGUUUAUCAUCAUUUAAAACAAAAUAGAAACAAACGCCUGUAGAGUGCGUCCCAGAAAAAAUGAAUCAAAGAAUUAUGGAUCAUUUAUCAUAAUUUAGUCACAAAUACAAUGGACAAAUGACCUACAUCAUUGUAAAGCUUAGAAUCUCCUCUUUCACCUGGUGGAACUAGAAGAUUCCUGAUUCACGCAUGAUUGAGAAAAAAAAUAAAGAAAAGAUAAUAAGUAGAUACUGGGAGGUGGGGGUAUCUGAAUUUUAAAUAGAAAAUUACAUUUCUAAUAAGUUCAACAUCUGGUCUUUAAUCUGAUAUCACGAACACAGUAAAUGGUCAAGAAUUAACAAAUUUCCAUCUCCUAGAAAUAAUUAUUGUAUUUUUAUGAUUUUUUCAUCAGAUUCCCUACUAUUAGUCCAGUCAAUCUAGCCAGAAUAGGGGGGUAACCCACCACUAAUUGCAACACGAGAUAUUCCACUGAAAUGCUUUCCAGGAAGGUCCCCUAAACAACAUACUAAAAGUCCCAAGAAAUCCAAGCAGUGGAAAUUUAUGAAAUUUGCAUAUUAUGCAAAUUAGCCAUU